AUGGAGGAUGCACACGCCGUCGUCCUCGACCUGCAAGCCCAACACCUAGACAAGGCUCACCACCCUACCGACCCUGAUAAGCGUUUAUCCUUUUUUGGCGUCUACGACGGCCACGGCGGUGAUAGGGUCGCCCUGUUUGCGGGAGACAAUGUCCACCGCAUCAUUACUCAACAAGCCGCUUUUGCAGAAGGGGAUAUUGAGCAGGCUAUGAAGGAUGGCUUUUUGGCGACUGAUAGGGCCAUUCUGGAAGAUCCAAAAUACGAGGAAGAAUUCUCAGGUUGCACAGCGUCUGUUGCGGUCAUUUCAAAGGAUAAAAUCAUAGUGGCGAAUGCUGGAGACUCAAGAUCCGUACUGGGAGUCAAGGGAAGGGCGAAACCUCUAUCUUUCGAUCACAAGCCACAAAACGAGGGUGAAAAAGCUCGAAUAAGUGCUGCUGGCGGCUUCGUUGAUUACGGCAGAGUCAAUGGUAACCUCGCGCUCUCCCGUGCGCUGGGUGAUUUUGAAUUUAAGAAGAGCGCGGAUCUCACGCCGGAACAGCAGAUCGUCACUGCGUAUCCUGAUGUAACUACACAUGAGAUUGCAGAAGAUGAUGAGUUCCUUGUGAUUGCUUGCGAUGGCAUCUGGGAUUGCCAGACCUCACAGGAGGUUAUUGAGUUUGUUAGACGGGGUAUUGCUGCGAAGCAGGAGUUACAUCGGAUUUGUGAAAAUAUGAUGGAUAAUUGCUUGGCUUCUACUACCGAAGGCGGGGGUGUGGGCUGCGAUAAUAUGACGAUGAUCAUCGUUGGGCUGCUCCAGGGUAAGACUAAGGAGGAGUGGUACAAGUGCAUUGCAGACCGAGUUGCAAGUGGCGACGGCCCUUGCGCCCCACCUGAAUAUGCUGAAUUCCGAGGUCCUGGCACCCGCCGCCGUCAACUCGCCGAAGCCCGACGCGCCUUUGAAUCCGACAACGACCCGCAAUUCGGUAGUAGUUCAGGUAGAGUCAUCCUGUUAGGUAAUGGCCGCCAAUUGCUAACCCACUUCAACAACGUUGAUUAUGAUUCCUCCGAUGAGGAGGAUUGUUAUAAUAUGUUCGAUAAUGACGAGGAUGAGGAGGAUGAGGAUGAGGAUGAGGAUGAGGAUGACGAUCUUGAGAGCCAGGUGCGUAAAGGCGAUGCGAAAUCCGCUGCAGAUGAUACCGUCAAAGGGCCGGGAGGAAGCCCGGAAUCCCAACGACAGCAACAACAGCAACAGCAACAAUCGAAUCGCCAAGGUACCCCUAACACGCAGUCGGAGUCACCUGCUGUAAUCUCUGCAUCCCCAUCCUCGACGACCCCCAAUGAUGUUUUGCCUGGCAGAGAGAAACCGUCUACGUCAUGAUUUGGUUUUUUUUUCCCUUUCUCCUUCUAACCCAUUUGUUCCUAAAUUUAACUGGCUACUUGCUUCCAUUAUUUUGAACCCUUUUUUUCCCUUUCC